ACGCUUAUCUUUUUGCAUCUGUUUCAGGUGGGGAUUAAAGCGUGGAAGACAUCUCGAGACAGCACAGGCUUCACACCAGAAGACUAUGCACGCUUACGCGGCCACUUCUCAUACAUCCACUUGAUUCAACGCAAGAUCAAUAAAAAGUCAGCAACUGAAGAUCACGUUGUGGUCAACAUCCCUGUUUCUUUCGCAGACAGAGAGCAGAAAGAACCAAAGUCAGGUCCAGUGACUUCCGCCUUGGAGAUCACACAGAUUAACCAGCUUCCAUGCAAGCUCUGUGACCAUAAACUGGUGUAUGGGACAGCACGUAGGUCUGUAGCGUACAGACCGGCUAUGUUGUCGAUGGUGGCGAUUGCUGCUGUGUGCGUCUGCGUGGCACUUCUCUUCAAGAGUUGUCCGGAAGUACUCUAUGUGUUUCAACCGUUCAGGUGGGAGUUAUUGGACUAUGGAACAAGCUAAGUCUACUUUGAAGAAUAUAAAUAUUACUUAUAUAAACCCAUAAAGGCGUGAUUUCUAUAUGUUGUAACUAUAUGAGUAUAAUAAGAUAUAUAGACAUGUAGAAGAUUGUUGUUGUUGUUGUGUGUAAAAGCCUCUCCUUUCUCUCUCGAACUUGAGAAUCCUCUCUCUGAUUAGUAUAUUUUUUGUUUGACAGAAUAAUUUGUUUCUUCUUGUAAUUUAACAAUGGAGACGUUCUUGUUCUA